CGAGCAGCUCCAGCCUCCCAUUUUCUGAAUCAAGCAGGAGGAACGGAUCAUGGAGGGACCCCCUCAGGAUGACAAGUACAGAGUCAACUUUAAUAUGAAAGACUUAUAUCUCGAAUUGAAAAGCGACGCAGCUUCACUUUAUACAUAUAUUCUAUGAAUUGUGACGCUUAAGUUUCCAAGAGUAAAUUGCCACUUGUAAAGUUUUCUUUUCCUCGUUAACCGUGACCGAUAUCGCGCAUUCAUUGCAGACUGUUUUGCUCGUUAUUAACAGUGACAAAAAGUACUUACUGAGGGAGUAUGAAGAUGCUUUAUGGGCCGUUCAUCCUGAACGCCUUCUUGAAAAAAGCUAGACGCAGCGCAACGAACGUAACAGAACGCAACGCAGCUGAUGAAAGCUGGGCAGAAAUCUCCACCUCACCUGGAGAGCAACUGUAGUGUUUCCUAUUCAUCAUCAUCAUCGUCGUCGUCAGUGCGAGCGGCGCGCGCCUCACUUUCUCCGCAUUCUCGGGGCCACGAGAGCGCCAGGGCACGAAGAUGAACAUCCAAGUCCUGCCCGAGCACAAACUGUCCGCGGUGGCCCCGUUAAACCCGUUUAACGUGGAGAAGAAGGAAGUGGAGCUGAUCCUGGUGAAGGAGCUGAACGGUGUCCAGUACACGAACUCCUCUGUCGUGGCCUCUCCGAGCUCCCGAGGCUGCGGCUCCACUGAGGAUGGGGAAAGGGAGACAUGGGGCAAGAAACUGGACUUUCUGCUCUCUGUCAUUGGCUUUGCUGUGGACCUGGCCAAUGUGUGGAGGUUCCCCUACCUGUGUUACAAAAACGGAGGAGGUGCCUUUUUGAUUCCGUACAUUCUGUUCCUGUUUAUUGCUGGGAUGCCACUGUUUUACAUGGAACUUGCCCUGGGUCAGUAUAACAGAGAGGGAGCAGCUACUGUUUGGAAGAUCUGCCCUGCAUUUAAAGGGGUUGGCUAUACUGUGAUCAUCAUAGCAUUGUAUGUUGGGUUUUACUACAACGUCAUCAUAGCUUGGUCACUUUAUUACUUAUUUGCCUCAUUGACGAACGAGCUGCCCUGGCUCAAAUGUGGUAACUUGUGGAAUAGCCCCAACUGCACAGAUCCACAGCUCAUUAAUGGUACCUUCUUGGGUAACGGGACUUCCUAUGCCAAGUACAAAAACACACCUGCCGCCGAGUUCUAUGAGCGCGGAGUUCUACACAUUUAUCAGAGUAAAGGUAUCCAUGACCUGGGUCUUCCUCGCUGGGAACUCACCAUCUGCCUUGUCGUGGUUGUCUUUAUCCUCUACUUCAGCCUGUGGAAGGGGGUCAAAUCAUCAGGAAAGGUUGUAUAUAUUACAGCUACUAUGCCCUACAUAGUGUUAUUGGUGUUGCUGAUUCGAGGCAUCACACUCCCUGGUGCAAUGAAUGGAAUUAGGGCGUAUCUCCAUAUUGACCUAAAGAAGCUAAAUAACCCUCAAGUAUGGAUUGAAGCAGCUACUCAGAUUUUCUUUUCUCUAGGAGCAGGCUUUGGAGUCCUCAUUGCCUUCGCUAGCUACAAUAAAUUUAACAAUAACUGCUACAGGGAUGCUCUCCUGACCAGCACGAUAAACUGCAUUACCAGUUUCUUCUCAGGGUUUGCCAUCUUCUCAGUACUGGGGUAUAUGGCUUAUCGGCAUGGUGUCAACAUUAAGGAUGUGGCCACUGAGGGGGCUGGACUGGUAUUUAUCAUCUACCCAGAAGCAAUCUCAACUCUACCUGGAUCUACAUUCUUUGCAAUAGUCUUUUUUAUCAUGCUAUUGACACUUGGGAUUGACAGCUCUAUGGGCGGCAUGGAGGCAGUAAUCACAGGGCUCUCAGAUGACUUCAAAAUCCUCAAGAGGAAUAGAAAGUUAUUUACGUUCGCUACAGCAUUUGGGACAUUCCUAGUAGCCCUCUUUUGUGUCACAAAUGGUGGGAUCUAUGUGUUGACCUUGUUGGACAAGUAUGCUGCAGGGACAUCCAUUCUAUUUGGGGUGCUGAUUGAGGCCAUUGGAGUGUCUUGGUUCUAUGGCGUGGACAGAUUUAGUGAGGAUAUUGAACGCAUGAUGGGCUUCAAACCAGGAAUCUACUGGAGGCUUUGCUGGAAGUUCAUCAGUCCAGCGUUCUUGCUGUUUGUGGUGAUCGCCAGCAUUGUUACCUCCAGUGACCUGAGAUAUGAUGACUAUAUUUUCCCUUACUGGUCGAAUGUGGUGGGCUGGUCCAUAGCCUUGUCUUCCAUGCUGUUUGUACCCAUCUAUGCCAUCUACAAGUUCCUGAGUAUGCCAGGCACCUUCAAGGAGAGGAUAGCAUACUGCAUUACUCCAGAACAUGAACAUCACAUGGUGGCCGAGGGUAAUGUCAGGCAGUUCACGCUGGCUUUCAUCAAGGGUCCACUGAGGAUUAUCUCAAGAACAUCUUUUCCUUUUUUGACACACCUCACAAAGCAGACAUACACCACUGUUUCAGUGCCUUAUCUAGCCAUAAACUUCCUGCCAUUAAGUCACUCGUCCUCAUGUAGAGAGUGCAGGGAUGUUCACUGAGGAGAGAGCCUCAAUAAUCUCCAUGACAAGGGAACUUUAUACUUGUAGCUUUCAAAAUAAACCGAGGCUUGUUCCAAUGAGCUGCCUCAUGUAGAGCUACAGGGCUCUUCAUUCUUUCUUUCUUUCUUUUUUUUUUAUGUAAAAGGGAUUUUAUUUUAUUUUUUUCUGGUCAAUGGAUAAACAUUUUAAGCUUUAUUUGCUUAUGACCUUUGCUUAGACCAACAAUUAUUAUUAUACUAACAAAUGUUAUUACAGGACAAAUUUGCUAUCUAGGGGCAAAAAAGUAAAAAGUUUUUGCCCUUUCAAAAUAAUCAUUUUUGUAUCGAUUCAAAAUCAAUAGAACAAAUACACAGAACAAGUCAAGGACUCGCUGAAUCACAUUGUUGAAAGUUCAACUGACUGUUUACAGCCUACUAGUGCUCUGAAACACUAAGCAGAGGUUUAGCUUAUUUAGUUUCAAUUCUGUUUGACAUGACAAAAGUUCCAUUCAAAAUUUUCGAAUCCAAGAAAUACAAAAAAAUGUCAAUUUCCACUAUACACUGUCAAAUGCUGUUCAAUUAAUUGAGCUUUUGUGCUACAGUUCCAUUAUCAUGUGAUCUGUUUGAACAUUUCAAGCCUUUUCUAUGGGUAUUUUGUGUGUCAUGUGUUCGCAUAUAGGUAACAGACUAUGUCUCUUUGUUUUCAAACCAGUCAAAAUCAAUGAUCUGUCUAACCUAUGUGGUCUUUGUUUUGAGAUGACAAAUAGAUUUUGUGAUUCGCCAUGGCUUUCUCGUUUGAAGGAAAUGUUUCACCAACAUUCUUUAGUGCCAAAAUUAACUCCAGUUAUGGCAUCACUGUUUGUUUGUGUUUUAUUUAUUUCUGCAUAGUAUCCAUUAAAAUACAAAACAAAUUAAACAUGGUCACUGGUAGGAUGCAAACAACAUAUGUGGAUUAUGAAAUAUAAAGAGAUACAAACAUAUUCUUUUGUUAAAUAUCUAAUAUUGUAUGUAUCAAAUUCUUUAUAAAAUGUGAAUGUAAAACAUUUUAAACAUAAUGUGUCUAUUGUUAUAUCAUGCUGUGUGAUGUUAGUAAAGAUAUAAAUAUUCAGAGAUGUAUUAUUAAGUGUAACCGGAAGUGACGUAGCCACAUGAAUGUAAACAGAGCAGCUCUGGCAUUUCUGAGCGAUGCUUACAGAAUACUGUGUACAAAUACAAAUGUGUCCUUUUGAUUGUGAGUGACAAUUAUAUGUGGAAAAGUCAAAAUAUGCACAUUAUAACAAUAAAGUCCUUUCCAGUACACACAGACAGACAGACAGACAGAAAUUUGUUUUUUGUCUGCUCUUAAUGGAGCUUUUUUUGUUAUUUUGUUUUUAACAAUACAAACUUGACACUGCAUACCAAUUUUGUGUCACCCUUUAGAAAUGCACAUGGACUUUUCUUAAUAGUCCUUUUGUCAUAAACUGAAAAAUAGACUAUAUACUGUCAUCACAGGCUGACAGAGCCGUUUUUGUGUCUUUCUCUAUAGCAUUCUACUUUUGUGUGUGUUCUAUUUACUCGUCUCUUUGCCGGGGCACACUGAGGUUAUACAGAAGCCAAGCAUGUGUCCCAACUCUGCCACAUGCUGUUUAAAUAAUAAUAUGCCCCUUGGUCAGAUCAUCACCUGGACUGGAAAAUUAUCCUGUUAAUAUCCACUGACCAUCCAACAGUACUGUUGAACAAAUAGCCUUUGCCAAACAGAAAAUAAACCAAGAUUGUAUUGCAGGUCUAAAAUCGUAUUUGGGCUCUGUUUCAAUCCCUAGUGAGAUGCCUUGGUGUCUAC